AUGGCACACGAACUUGGUCAUGCCUAUGGCAUGAAGGAAUAUGGCGGUGCUUAUCGAUUCGGCUGGUUAAU